CCCUCCGAGCUUAUCGCUUCGCUCGAUUGCGACACGAAGCAUUCCGCAGCGCCAAUGGCGGACUCCGACCCUCCGCGACUCGACCGUCGUCACCUCCUCCUCCACCACCACCACCGCACCGCCGGUCACGUCCUCCGUCACUCGCUUUCCUCCCUCCUCUCCUCCGGCGUCCUCCCCUGCCUCCUACUCGCCUCCCUCCUCCUCUUCGCCUUCCACUCCACCCUCCUCGUCGCGACCCUCCGCCUCUCCGCCCUCGUCGAUCGCGACCCCGCCCUCCUCUCCCUCCUCCGCCGCCUCUCCUCCUCUCCCUCGGCUGCCCCCGCCCCCGCCCCCGCGCCUCCCGCCCGCCCGCGCUCCGCUCCCUUCCUCCGCCUCACCCGCGCCGGUGACUUCUUCUCGGAGUCCGACCCCCCCGCAUCACUUCGCUUCUCCCUCAACGCCUCCCGCCUCCUUUUCCUCGAUCCCGCCGUAGGCUUGCUCCCGCGACCCCCCAAGUCCUCCAAGAGUAGUGUACCCUUGUUCCCUUCCUCCGUUUCCCCUUUCCUUUUCUCGUUCCCCGACGCCGACGACCGCGGCGGCGGCGGUCGAGAUCGGGCCGUCAGUCAGCAGGAUUUGGGCCGGGGUUUCGACAUCGACCGUCGAGAUGCCACUGCGAUGCUCUACGUACUCGUCCUCCUCUCCUCCACCCACUCGCUCGCAAUCCUGGGGUUUGUCAUUGCGUAUACCUCUGCUCUCGGCAUUGUCUUCUUCUCGAUUGCUGCCUUCCACGUCCAGAGGCCCGCCACCGUCGUCGAGACCAUCUUUUCUGGCGCUCGGGCGGGGAUCCGACGGCUCACGGGGUUCGUGUUCUUGCGGUGGGCGGCGAGGGACAUGCUGAUCCAGUUCCUCAGCUUCUGGUUCUUCGCCAAUGUCGAGGAUCAGGCCGAGCUGUUCAAGCUCUUCGUCAAGGUCAAGCUUAUGCCUUUUACAUUGUCGCCAUUCAACCCAUGGUCUGGGCUGCAAGACGAGGCGCUCUCGGGGUUUUUCUUCGUGUGGGCUCUCGUCGACACAGUGGGGUCGGUGAUGGUUGUCCUCAUGCCCUGGGUGGUGAUAAUGGACAACAAUUUGAGGCGGGGUGUGCUGGAUGAGGUGAAAGAGGGGUUUUAUUUCAUAACUCUGAUGCCGGCACAGGCAAUCUGGAUCAAGUUCUUGGAGAUGAUGAUCUGUGGGAACCUGGGGACGUCGGCAGCCAUGAUGGUUGGUGGGAGAUUGUUUGCCGGUCUGUUCCAUGCGGUGGCGGAGGUAUACUUCAUGGCAGUUUGGUUGAUUUUCUACUUUGCAGCAAGGGGCAAGGAUGGAGAAAUGACGGGGCGGAGGUUUGGGCCAAGAGACUUGCAGCGUUGCAUCGAUGAGCUCAGUUGAGAUGUACCGUUCGUGCUGGUUGUGAGGAUCAUUCUGCUGGUAGCCGCAUACUCAUGAAUUCGGUGAGUGACAGUUUCAUCACCUUCAACCUCGGAUGAGCCUUGUAUGAGCUUGUAGACAUGCUUUUGAGGCCAUAUGUAUAACUAUUGCUCUAGGUAGAUAUACCUAGAGGUAUCCUAAAGUUCGUAAGCCAAAUUGUAAUAUGGAAUUAUCUCAAAAUGUGUUAGGGUAUGCAUAUGACGAAUAUGAGUACUCCUUGAAGCCAUAGUCAUAACACCUGUUUGAGCGAUCCAA